AUGGCCUUCCAAGAGAUACAAGAGCGGCGACUACGAGAAGAACAGCGGCGACGUGAGCGAGCCGAACAGUCCCAGAUCGCAGCUGAGGAACAACUGAAGCUCCAAACCCAAGAAACGACACUCCCCGAAUUCUCGACGCAUGCCACGUGGAUUUAUUCCUCGGUCUGGAAAUCCAGAAAGACAGAGGCUCAUCGACAAAGGGAGACCCCGCAAAUGCCGACCGCAAAUUCUGCCCGACAAAGAAUGGUUAACUCAGAGUUGGAGGGUACCGGUAUUUCCAACGGCAGCCUGUUGAGUCUGGCGUUUCAGAGUUUGCUACAGGUGAUUCGUCUAUCAUAG